AUGUCAGAUUCAACGACCGAACAUGAUCGUAGUGGAAUAAAUAAUCCCAGCACUGAGGAUUUUAUUUAUGUGGAUGACGAAACUGGGGAUUCUGAAUUCGAACCCAACGAAGGCAGUGCUGCACAAGAUGAUGAUAGUAUAGCUCCUGAUGAAGACAUUCCUGACGACGGUGAAGUCGAUAGCUUAAUGAGGGAAAGUGAGAUGUCUCUAAGCGAUCUACUCGCCUCUUAUGGUGUUCCACCGUCAGAAAUUCCUGCGAGAUCAGAAGCUGGUGCUGCAGCUGCAGCUGCUUCGUCUUCCACGACAUCGGCAUUAACUGGUGAACGACGCUUUAUCCGAAAACGUCGUCAUAAUGGAAGUGCUGUGGUUGCGGAACCACCCCCUGUUCCAAUCUCUGAAACGACUGCUGCAAGGGACAAUAGUAUUGGUAUUGGUACUUCUUCUGGUAAGGCAAUAGAGAUAGAUCUCACAACAGAAAGCAACGAUGAUGAAUAUCCGGCUCAAAAUAGGCACGAAGGAGGUGCCAAUGCCGUUGCUUAUGACGAGUUGGGCCAGAGUGGAUCGGAGGAGCCAAUGGAGACUGAAGAAGAUGACGAGGAUGAUGCUGUGGAUGAAGAGGGAAUGAUAGUUGGAGAUGAAGAAGGUGAUGAAGAAGAUAAGCAUCGAGAAGACGUAACUCGCUGGUGCAAAGCUCUUGCUACCGGAGAAUCGCCAGCCUAUAACUCGGAGGAAGACGAAGAUUACCAACCUAAUGUGGAGGGGACUGGAGAUUGGCGAGGCGAUAUUCGCGUAGGUGAUGAUUUCCAGGCAGUUAUUCCGUUAGCGCCAUUAGCUCCCAGCCGGCGAACGGAUUCUCACCUUGGUUCUGAGGCAAGGCUGAUAUGGCAACCCGGACAUAUAUCUGAGGCAGUCACUGAACGCUACGAACGCACCUAUACCCAAACCAUCUCUGAACUCCCUGCUAGCGUCUCUACACCUGAUGAUGAAGAGGCUCUUUUCCAUCUAAUGCGAUCGGGCUACGAUGCCGAUGAAGCCCUUUGCCGUCUUCAAAAUAGACCCGUUCAACCCUUUGAAAUUCGUCGACCAGUCGAGGAGUGGACUGACGAAGAUUGUACAAACUUUGAGAAGGGAUUUGCCUCUUACGAGAAAAAUUUUUUCAAAAUUCGAGCCCACAGGUUACCGCAUAAAACGACAAAGGAUUUAGUUCUCUUCUACUACUUCUAUAAGAAGACUGCUCGCUAUGAGGAAUUAAUCCGAUUGUCAAAGGGCGAGAAAAACAAACCUUCUCAUCCUGCCAUAACGGACUUUAUGGAUGUUCUAAUGCAUCAGCAACAUUUGGCUGCUUCUGCUGUUCAAGGAGCUUCAAGUAAUUCACCAAAUCUUGCCCAAGAAGUUGGUGAGAGUCGGACUCAACCUCAACCCACACCUUCACCUUCUGGGGAUGCCGCCAGUUCAGGAUCUUCUCAUUCCGUGAUUGCCAUCAGUUCAAACGAUAGCGGAGAUGAGACUCACAGCCAGCAGGGGGCAUCCUCCGUAUCUCCUUCCUCUUCCUCCGUAGCUGCCGCAGCCCCAUCAUCGACGGUUUUGUAA